AGGACCGAAAUGAACAUUAGCAUCCCCGUUUUAUACCUACACCUUUAAGAUACACUGCGCAUGAUGGAUUUCUUCAAAUCCCCUCCAAAAGUACUUUCAAGAGCAGGUAUAAGAGUAAUAAGAAAGUAAAAAAUCGAUUUAUAUCGAGAUGAGUGCACAAAUACAGCAACAAUCGCAAGAUUCGUGGGGUAGCGAAGAUGAUGCAAAGUCAUCGCUUUCGCUGGAUAAAUUAUCGGUGAAUGAAUCCUCGAAAGAGGAGCAAGGAAAGGAAACCUUAAUAUCUUCGUGGUCGUUAUUCUUAGACGGAGGCAUUAUUCUCGAAGUUGGCGUUACACUGGACGAGUACUUUUUCGAUUCCAUCGUGCAAAUAUCAUGUCCUCCGCAUUAUGAUGACCAGUAUUUACAAUUUGAGCGUUGCGAAUGGAAAGAAAUAUUCAAUUUUAAAACUGAACACUUAAUUAAACAUAUGGUGCAGUGUACGCCUAAAAGAAGGAGCAAGCAUGAAAUUUUUACCGAGUCCAAAAUAAUAAUACUUGAAGCGGAAGAAGAAGAAGACGGAGGAUGUAUUCGAAUAAGCGAAUCAGAUAAAUCUAUAAUAUUUUCCAAGCAAGCAAUCGAUAUGAUAUUUAUCGCUUCCGAAGUAAUUACUCAAAAAUUGGAUGUUGCCAACCACUAUGCGAUGUAUUGUCUUUAUGAUGACUUUACGCGUGAGGUUGCAAAAAUUCUACAUACCGAAGGUGUUACUAGCGAAGAGAGCAUGUUAUCGAGAGGGAAAUUGAUAUGCCAAAAUCUCAAAUUGUUAACAUCGCUAAGCAGUUGGAAGGAAAAGUAUGAUAAUUUGCAAGACUUGACUCUUCUAACAGAAAUUGUAAACAUUCACCCUCGAAAAUUUAUAAAUACGGUUGUUAGUAAAAUUAGCAUGUUAAAAUAAAUAAUUUUUUAACAUAAAAAUGCUUUUUAUUUAUUCAUAGGUAUGGAUACACAUCAACUUUUUAUCCACCUAAUGCCGCAUAUACAAUUCAAUAUGUUUAUCAAACUUUAAAAGUUUAGCUAAUACAUUAUAUAAUUGCUCCAAUACGCCUUUAUUAGCACAAUGAAUAUUGAAUAAGGAUAGAUCAAUGUCACCUGAUUGAAUUACACGACCUGUAUAUUCACUAUAUUUAUGAAAUUUAUUUCCGGUGAUAAAGUAUAGGUAUCCAUCCAUGUAUUUGAAUAUAGAAGUUAUCUUAGCCGGAAUAUCCGGAAAGGUUUCCGCAUAUAUUAAGCGAUUUUUAGGCCGAUGACUACAAUCAUCCAAAUCUAGCAGUUCAUUUGCACCAUGAUAAAUAAGCGUGCGUCCGGUAUAGGUGUUAACUGCAGCAUUCACUUUAUGGCUGUU